AUGAAGUGGAGUAGCUUCAUCCAGAAAGUGAUCUUCCUGUCUCUCACUGGACCUGGCCUCGGAGGGAAUGUCUUUCUGUUUGUGAAGCAUGCGCACAUGGUUGUCACAGCUCCUGGGAAGAAGCCUACAGAUGCUAUUCUCAUCCACCUGACUUUAAGUAACACCAUGAAACUUUGUGCCACAGUAAUCUCAGUUACAUUACCAACUUUUCUUCUCAGUAACGCCCUAGGCAAUAUUAUUUGUAAAACCAUGAUUUACCUCAAUAGGGUGGCUCGAAGUCUCUCCAUCUGCACCACCUGCCUCCUCAGUGUAGUCCAGGCCAUCACCAUCAGUCCCAGGAACACCUGGUGGAAAAAGCUCAAACCACGCACUGCACGGCAGGUUCUUCCCCACCUCCUCCUCUUCUGGGUCUUUAGCUUUCUCAUAAGCUCUAACUUGCUCCACUACAUCACAGCUGUCAACAGCAUGAAUGGGUCUAACGUUAGAAUAUACACCGAGUAUUGCUACAUGCUGCCAGCUCCACAAAUGGUCAGAUGGCUCUUCCUCUGCCUCAUGGCUCUCCGGGACCUCACCUUUCAGAGUCUCAUGGGCUGCAGCAGUGUGUACAUGGCUCUCUAUUUGUACAAACAUCACAAGCGUGUCCUCUAUCUCCAGAGCUCCAGGUGUGCCAAAUAUCCCAGCCCUGAAAUCAGAGCCACUCAGAGUACUCUCAUUCUCAUGAUCUGUUUCUUAUUCUUUUAUUGGACAGAUUUCAUUUUCUCCUUCUAUAUAGGGAGCACCUUGACAGAGGACUCCGUAUUACUAAAUAUUCAAAUGGUUCUCGACCUGGGUUAUGCCAGUCUGAGCCCCUUUCUUCUGACCAACAAGGAUGCCAACCUGGUUAACUGCUGGCACAUUCACUGGGGAGCAGAGAAAAUAUUUUCCAUGCUAAAUUGUCCAAACGCUUUGGAACCUUCCGUUCUUAACAUCUUCUUGUCCACCUGCCGCCUGGGCGUGGCCUGGAGGGAGACGCCCCAGGAGUACUGGCUCUAUAAGACACCCACGGUCGCCUCCCAGGAGACUUCAGCAUGCGAAUCAUCUUCCGGCCCCCACCCCCGCUGCCCUGGCUGUCGGGAUGCCGAGCCCGGCGAGUUCCCGUGGGUCGUGUCCCUGCAGCUCAGCUCCACCCAUGUGUGUGCCGGGUCUGUGCUGGACGCCCAGUGGGUGCUGACCGCAGCCCAGUGCGCCUACUUCCUCCGGGGCUCCGAGCGGCUGGGGCAGGUGCAGGCCGGCCUGGUGGACCUGCAGGACGCGGCGGCCGCGCAGGCCUCGCCCGUGCACCGCGCCCUCCCGCACCUGGGCCUGCGCGGCGCCCUGGGGCCCGGCCUGGUCCUGCUCGGCCGGCCGCUCCGCUUGCGGCCGCCGCGCCUGCACGCGGUGUGCCUGGACCGCGGGGGCUCCGCCAAGGACACGGCGCCCGUGGGCCACGCCGAGGAGUGCUGGCUGCCCGGCUGGUCGGGCAUGCAGGGCAGCCCCGGGGUCCUGCAGAAGCGGCGGCUGAGCCUGCGCCACGCGACGUCCUGCACGUCGCACUGGCCGCACCUGGACGAGGCCAGCUUCUGCGUGGAGGCCGUGCCCGCCGUGGGCGAGACCAUGUGCCAGGCCGACCUGGGGGCGCCCCUGGUGUGCCGUGGGCCGCAGGGCGCCUGGCUGCAGGUGGGCAUCCUGGGCGCCUCUGACCCGAGCUGCGCCCGGCCCUACGCCUUUAGCCCCGUGCGCCCCUUCCUGCCCUGGCUGCAGGCCGUCCUGCGGCCCAGCGUGUCCACCGCCACCGCGCCCCGCGUGGCCCUGACCCCAGGCGGCCCGCCCCAAGCCGAGUCUCCGUCCGCCUCACCGACCGCCACGACGCAGGGCAAGGCCCCAGGACCGGAUGCACGCGUGUCCAUGCUCCACGCUGGGCCUGGGCAGCCUCUGCUCGUGGGCUGUGGACAUCAGGUGUGCGGCGGGUCCCUGCUCGGCAGCGCCUGGGUCCUCACGGCUGCCCGCUGCGUCCAGGGCAUGCACCCGGAGGACACGGUGGCCAUCGUCAUCCCAGGGGCGGGGCCGAGCGCGGUGAUGGACAGUGGUCCGCAAGGGGCGGGGCCGAGCGCGGUGAUGGACAGGGGCCCGCAGGGGGCGGGGCCGGGCACGCUGACGGACAGCGGCGCGCAGGGGGCGGGGCCGGGCCGAGUGACCAGCGGCGUCCGGACGUCGCGGGGGGCGGAGCCGAGGGUGCUGCGCGUGGCGCGCGUCGUCCUCCCGAGGAAGCCCCCGAACCCCGACCUGGCGCUGCUGCAGCUCGAGCCGGCGCCGUCUACACCCGCGGCCCCGUCUACACCCGCCGCCCCGUCCUGGCCGCUGGCGGGGCUGAGGAACCUGACGGGCCCCGAGUGCUGGCUGGCGGGGCCGCGGGCGCUGCCGACAGGACAGACAAACGAGACUCUAGGCACGCUGCAGGUGCAGCUGCUGGACGAGUCGGCCUGCACCCAGCUCCACCCCAGCUCAGGGCCAUCCGUUAUCUGCUUCUCACCGCGUGAUGGUGGCGUGGACACAGACCUGGAGUCUGUGGCCCCAGGCAGUGCAGUUAUGUGUCGACCCCAGGUGAGCCGCAGCGAAUGGAUGCUGAUUGCAGUGACCGGCCCGCCGGCCCGUGCAACCCUGGUACAGCCACAUCUGUCCUGGAUCACCUCUGUGACCGCCUACACGGGGCGUCCCCUGGACCCUAUCCGUGGACCCUGGGCAGGGAACCCUGUGUCUGGGGAUUGUCCUGAACACCCCCACGCACGGCUGUUUGCUGGGACAGUGGCGGUGAUGAUGCUGAAGAUGACGAUGAUGUCAUGAUCCUCAGUCCCAGUUUAGGAUCAGUAAAGACAGAGACUGAUGGACGCGGACAUUGACAAGAACUGCCCCCUGCCUGCCAGCUGUGGCGUGCAACCCUGCCCCCUCCCUGCCUGUCGGGGACGGACAGCAGGUGUAUGUCUGCACCGUGACAAGCUGGGGGCGGGUUUUGGCAGAAUGAAGCAAUUUCAUAAAAUUUCAAAAUUUGGGGAAAAUGUCACUACACUUCCGUAUUCCACCAAGGGAGAAUUUCCAUAUUUGGAAAUUUUAUUAAAAGUUCAUUAAGCUUGGACCAGAGAUUAAAGAAAGUUGAAGCAGGCCUCAAAAUUUUGACAUUUUCUGAAGAUUUACAUCAAAUUUUAC